UAACUAAAUAGUUAGUACAUCAAACACUGAAAAUGUCGAUCAACACAGAGCAAUCAGAUCUUCUUCAGCCAUCAAGAGCUCCUGCUCCUAAGUCAGAUAACCCUCCCCUGUCCAUUGUUCCAACAAAUACACUUCAAGCUCAGGCUGUUGCUGUGCGUUCACAUCCAGUAAACUGGCAAUCUUAUCUACAAGGACAAAUGAUCUCACCAGAAGAUUUUCAAGUUAUCAGAGAAUAUGAUCAAGCAAGAACCAAAGAGGAAAGAAACGCUGUUAUUGAGAGAAGAGGAGAUGAGUGUGCACGAACCUUUAUUUCCCUCAUGGUUAGAAUAUCAAAAGAACAGACAGUUCGCUACGUUCUAACUGCUGUUGAUGAUAUGAUAGCGGAAGAUCCUCAACGUACCAAUCUAUUCUUUGAAUUUGCGAAGAAAACCAGAAGUUCACCAUGGGAUGGAUUCAUUAAUUUAUUGAACAGACAAGAUAAAUUCAUUGUUCAUCAGGCAAGUCGUAUUAUUGCAAAAUUAGCAUGCUGGGGGAGAGACAACAUGAACAAAAAGGAUUUGACUUUUUAUCUCAACUGGAUAAAACAUCAAUUAAGUUCAGAGAUUGUGAAUUUUCAUGGGCAAUCUGGAAUGAGUGAGGUCACUGAUUUCACGCAAAGCAUUUUGUAUUGUCUGCAAAUGAUGUUGAGGAUUCCAGAAUACAGGAUGGCGUUUUUCCAAGCUGAUGGUGUGACGACACUAAUGCAUGUUCUUCAUUCUAAAUGUGGAUUCCAAGUUCAAUAUCAAGCAAUAUUUUGUGUAUGGUUGAUGGCAUUCACUCCUGAAAUUGCAACCAAUAUAAACCGGUACAAUCCAGUUCCAGUACUAGCUGAUAUAUUGGGUGAAGCAGCAAAAGAAAAAGUUACACGAAUUGUACUUGCUACAUUUAGAAAUUUCAUUGAAAAAGCUGAAGAUCCAGAUGUUGUUAAAAUUAUGUCACUCGCUAUGAUUCACUGUAAAGUUCUAAAGAAUUUGGAAAUAUUGCAGGACAAGCAGUUUGUUGAUGAAGACCUUGAGGAUGACAUUGAAUACUUAGCUGAACAUUUAGCAUCUUGCUUACAAGAUUUGAGCUCAUUUGAUGAAUAUUCGAGCGAAAUAAAAUCUGGAAGAUUGGAAUGGAGUCCUGUUCAUAAAUCUGAGAAAUUCUGGAGGGAGAAUGCGAUCAGACUCAAUGAGAAGAAUCAUGAGUUAUUAAAAAUUUUGACAAACCUAAUGGAAACGUCACAAGAGGCUCAAAUCUUAGCUGUUGCUACUCAUGAUAUUGGAGAAUAUGUUAGACAUUAUCCAAGAGGAAAAAAGAUUAUUGAUCAACUUGGUAUCAAGCAGAUGGUGAUGCAACUUCUAGGCCAUGAAGAUUCACAAGUCAAAUACAACGCUCUUAUUGCAGUUCAAAAACUAAUGGUGCACAAUUGGGAAUAUCUUGGAAAGCAACUUGUUUCUGUCUGAAGAAGGAUAUUUCCAUUUUGUUUUGUCAUAAUAGUUCCUAUGAAUCGUGUCAGUGUACAGAUAUAUUAUUUAUUACUGGUAUUAUUAUUGUUAUAUGGAAUUUUGUCACUUCCAAUUGGCUUCAGCUCACCAGAUUUUUCCCAUGAAUGCCAUUUCAAAUAUUAUUUUAACUAUGGUAGGAAAAAAUAUGUUCUUGACUCUUGCGUCAAGAGAAUAAUGAACCCGCCCAAUAAUGAAUUCUACAUUAUUCCAAGUUGAGGGUAAUAUAUAUCUUUAUGCAAAUACGAUGCAUCACGAUGGUCGCCUGAGUCUCCUUUGUAUAGUGCGCCGCGAUCUUGUAUUGAAUAAUAUAAAUGUUGUUUUAAGCUUGUCGAAAUGUAUUAGCAAUAUUUGCAUAUACUAGUUCAACUUAUUCUAUUAACCGACCCAUGUAUGAAAUGCUCACUGCUUAAUUUUGUCUCCACAAAUGGCAUUUCCUAUAAAUAUCAAACACCACCAACAUUUGUCAUCCUAAAGAUAUCUGAUUGUGUAUAUUCCAUUUAUUUGUGCAAUAAAUGUCUUUACCAAGUGG